AUGGGAAACUGCGUCGCGCGUCCCUCUUCGCGCGGGGACGUCGUCCUCGUCGCCCCCGCGCGCGCGACGUCGCUCGCGCGCGACGCCGACGCCGACGCGCGCGCGGGUCGAAGCGCGAAGAAGAAGCGCGAGACGAUACCGCUGUCUCCCAUCGACAACGCGCUCGGCGUUCGAACGCUCGUCGUGCACUGGGCGUUCAUGUACCGCGGCCGUCUCCCCGCCGCGCGCGUGAAGGCGGCGCUCGCGGACGCGCUCGACUCCUACCCGAUACUCGCCGGCAGAGCGCGAAAGACGCGCGCGAGCCGAGGACGCGUCGCGCUCGAGCUCGAGGUCGUCCUCGACGACGCGGGCGUGCUGUUCGAGACGGCCACGGACGACGCGCUCGGUCUCGACGACCUCCGAGGGACGGAGAACGCGGGCGUCGUCCAGGGCAGAGACAACGAAACGCCGCCGACGUUCUUCGCGCGCGUGGAUUCGCGCCCCGAGCGCGGGAACCCGCUCAUGAGCGUGCGACUGACGACGCUCGGCGACGAGCGCCGCGGCGGCGGCUGCGUCCUCGGCGUUUCCUGGUCGCACGCCGUCGCGGACGGCGACGCGAUGAGCGCGUUCGUCGCCGUGUGGGCGGCGGCGUCGCGGCGGCUGCGGAACGUCUGCGACGCGCCGGCGACGGCGUACAUGCGACACGACCCGGCGAUCCUGGACUACGGCGUGGAGACGGCGGCGCCGUCGCUGCCGCCGAACCCGGAGCAUCCAGCGUUGUACACGGCGCCGUCGCACGACAGACUCGCGGUGCUGAGGACGUUUCCCGGCGUGUCUCUCCGCCCACCCCUCGCUUUCAAUCCCCGACCUCGACGCCAUUCAACUCCAACUGACGCCUUUGAACUCCACCCCGACAUUCGCUUGUAUGGAACGACCCUGAGGGACGCGCCCGAUAUCGGCGAGGCGCCGUUCCCGGAGCUGAGGCUCGAGGACGACCCGAGGCUCGCGUCGGGGUGCGCGGUCGCGAGGUCGCUCGCGGGGAUGGCGUACGACCUGAAGUUCGCGCGGCUGACGCAGCAGCUCGUGCACGUCACCGCCGACGAGAUCAAGUCGAUGAAGACGUUUCUCGCCGCGGAGACGCGACGAGCCGAGGCGGACGCGCCCGCGGACUCUGCUUCGGACUCUACUUCGCGCGCGUUCGUCACCGCGAACGACGCGAUCGCCGUGUUCUCGUGGACGCUCACGCGCGCGCUGAGGGACGACGAGGAGAAGCGAACGAAGAAGAAGCGAGGAAAGACGCGAGCAGCGCGCGACGGCGCGUUCGCGCUGCACGCGAUGAACCUCCGUGGGCAGGGCAUCCCGGGGCUGGGGAAGAACCUGUUCGGGAACGCGUCUAUCUUCGUCGCCGCGCGCAUGCCCCCGACGCGCGCGAACGCGGACGCGGACGCGAACGCGCCGGACGGCGGCGUCGUGGCGUCGUUCGAUCACGGCGCGAUGGCGCGAGCCGUCCGCGCCGCCGUCGUCGACGCCAAAUGCGUCGGCGACGUCGACGCGCAAGACGUCCGCCGCGCGCGCGUGCUCGCGCUGAGCAACGCGGGCGGCGGCGCGCACCUCAGAGCCGCGGUCGCCGCGGUCGAGCACGCCGACCUCAAGCACAGCUCAUGGACGCAGUUUCCGUUCUGGGACGUGCGUUUCGGCUCCGACGCGGGCGACCCGGCGUGGUUUUGGGGAUCGGUGUACCCGCAGUCGCCGUGGACGAGCUGCGUCGUCGCGGACGGGAAGAAGCGAUUGAACGACAAGCCGGACGCGGUCGGCGCGUACGUGUACGUCACGAUACCGAAGUCGUGCGAGGGGAUGCUCAAGGCGCGCGCGCGCGAGGUCAUCGCCGCGCUGAGCGGAGCUUGA